UGCUCUAAAACACAAUGUCCACAUAGUCAUCAUGCCAAAUAUUCCACACGUACUUCAUACACAUCAUAUCUCCUGUGCAAUCAUUAAUAGGUCACAUGACCAUUUCUACAAAAAAAAAAAAUGUCCCUGAAUAGGACAAGUACUGUACCUAAACCCACAGAGUUCCUGAAAAGGUUACAUCAGUGAAAACCUUCCUGAGUUCCUAAGUUUCCGAAAUGUUUCUUGAGGUGUAGACGUUUCUGAGUUCCUUAAACGUUUCUUAAAGGAAUAAUUUCCCGGGUUCGUCAAAAGGUGCAAAAGGUCAAGACUUUUCCGAGUUACGGAAAAGGUUCUUGCAGUGAAAAAUGUUUCAGAGUUCCUGAAGAUGUCUCCUGAAGAAAGAAGUUUCCCAAGUCAUCCAAAAGGGCUGCUUUAGUCAAGAUGUUCCUGAGUUCCUAAAAAGGUUGCUCCAGGAAGUCAUUCCCAAGCUCCUACGGUUCUUAGAGUGAAAACUUUCCCAAGUUACAAAAAUGGCUCCUUUGGUGAAAAUGUUCCUGAAAAGGUUCCUACAGUGAAACCGUUUCCGAUGUCCUGGAAAGAUGUCUGCAUUGAGAACUUUAUCCAGUCCCUGAAAAGAUUUCUGCAGUUUAAAAAAAAAAAAAAAAAAAAAAAAAAGGUUCCCAAAUUCCUGAAAAUGUUCCUGCAGUGAAAACAAUCCCGAGUUCCUGAAAUGUUUCCUGAUGUGAUAGUUUUCCUAAGUUUCUGAAAAGGUUCCUGCGAGGAAACAUUUCCUGUAGUGCAAAAUUUUAAAAGUCGUCUAAAGUGAAAACAUUCCCAAGUUCCUGAAAAGGUUCCUUCGGUUUUAAUAUAUUGACUUCCUCAAGAAAUUCCUGCAGGAACAUUCUCGAGUUACCAAGAUGGUUCCUCCACGUUACAGAUUUUUUGUAAAGGUACCUGGGAUGAACACUUUGCUAAGUUCCUGAAAAGGUUCCUACAAUGAAAAUAUUCCAGAGCUUUUGAAAAGUUUCCUGCAGUGAAAAUGUUCUUAAAAAGGCUCCUGCAGGAAGACUUUCCUGAGUUCCUAAAAAGGUUCUUACUCUGAAAACAUUCCAGAUUUCCUGAAAAAGUUCCUGCAGUGAAAACCAUAUCUGUGGCUUUGAUUGUACUACAAACUCAGAAACUCACCUUAACCACCCAGGAGUUCCGUGCUUUAAACUCGGACUUGGUGUCAGUUUGGUUUUGAUGGGAGGUGGUAGAAAAGAUCGAGCACUUUCCGAACUCUUUUCCUACAGGAUAUAACGGAAUCUUUCCCACCCGUGGAAAGAUUUAAAUGAGCUAUACUCUACAUUUCCUGGGGUUAUUUUAUGUGGGUAAGUGUGAGUACUUUAAUGCUGGAGGCAGUGUGAAGGAUCGCAUCGCCAUUCGUAUGGUAGAGGACGCGGAGAGAGACGGCAUCCUCAAACCCGGAGACACCAUCAUCGAGCCCACCUCUGGAAACACAGGUAUCGGCCUGGCCCUGGUUGCAGCAGUUAAAGGGUAUCGCUGCAUCAUCGUCAUGCCUGAGAAAAUGAGCAUGGAGAAGGUGGACGUGCUGCGCGCUCUUGGCGCAGAGAUCGUCCGGACCCCUACCGCCGCUCGUUUCGACUCGCCCGAGUCUCACGUGGGCGUGGCCUGGCGCCUGAAGAACGAGAUCCCCAACUCACACAUUCUGGAUCAGUACCGCAACGCCGGCAACCCGCUGGCUCACUACGACAACACGGCCGAGGAGAUCCUGAAGCAGUGCGACGGUAAAAUAGACAUGCUGGUGGCGGGAGCCGGAACAGGCGGGACCAUCACCGGGAUCGCACGCAAGCUGAAGGAGAAAUGCCCGAACAUCAAGAUUAUUGGCGUGGACCCUGAGGGCUCGAUCCUAGCACUGCCAGAGGACCUCAAUAAGACCGAGAAGACCCAGUACGAGGUGGAGGGAAUCGGAUACGACUUCAUCCCCACCGUACUGGACCGAUCUGUGGUUGACGGUUGGUGCAAGACCAACGACGAGGAGUCCUUAAACAUGUCGCGUAUGCUAAUCCGACAGGAAGGACUUCUGUGCGGUGGUAGUUCGGGAUCGGCCAUGGAUGCAGCAAUGAAGAUGGCGAAGGAGUUGAAGGAAGAUCAGCGCUGUGUGGUCAUCCUGCCCGACUCGCUGCGUAACUACAUGACCAAGUUCCUCAGCGACAAGUGGAUGUGUGAUAAAGGCUUUCUGAGAGAGGAGGACCUGAUGAUCCAGAAACCAUGGUGGUGGAAUCUGACUCUACAGGAGCUGCGACUCUCUGCCCCUCUAACAGUUCUGCCGUCUGUCAACAUUAAGAACACCAUUAAGAUCCUGAAGGAGAAGGCGUUCGACCAGGCUCCGGUAGUCAACGAGGCCGGAGUGAUCGUGGGGAUGGUCACACUGGGUAACAUGCUGUCCUCUGUACUUGCCGGGAAGGUCAGUCCAUCUGACCCCGUCUUCAAAGUCCUGUAUAAGCAGUUCAAACAGGUUCAUCUCACAGAUAACCUGGGAAAGCUCUCCCGGAUCCUGGAGACGGACCACUUCGCCGUGGUGGUGCACGAUCAGAUCCAGUACGUGACAGACGGCUCAUCUGCUCUGAAGAAGAUGGUGUUUGGGAUCGUCACGGCCAUCGACCUGCUGAACUUUGUGACCACUCGUGAGAGGGGAGAGCGCACACUGUCCGAGAGCUCACUCCCCGAUGACCUGUAGCUGACACACACACACACACACACACACACACACACACAGACACGCAUAUGCAACAGUAAGCAAUACAGCUUUAUAUAUUUUAGUGGGUUUCUUUUAAUGCAGGUGCACAUAUGUACGAGAUUAAAGGUGCGGUCUGUAAGGUUUAAACAUGUCUCUGCACCUGUAACAAUCAUACAGCUUUAAAUCUGGGAGUCGCACUGUUGCUCUCUGAUCUCUUCACAGCAGGCUUCUGGUUACAUUAUUCUGGCCCGGAAAUCGGGUCCAACCCCAGUUGGAAUCAAAUGCUGCUGCAGCUCAUCUCCGACCCUUUUUUCCUUAAAAGGAAACGGGAAGUGCCAUUGAUUGUUAUUCGUAAUCCGAUCCACAGCGUUUUACUCUUCCCUGCCAAAUCGUGAGUGCAUCCUGACGACUCGCUGAAGUCAUCUGUGCACUUUAAACUCACUUUAUUCGCCAUGCAAUAAAGUCUAAACUGCUGUUUAUCAUCAUCAUUACUUUACUUAAUCGUUAUAUAAUCGUUUUACUUUUUCGAGAUAUGUAUAUACUUGAAUUAAUACAGAGGCAUGCUUUAUUAUAACUUUCAAAUGAACGCUGCUGCUUUCUCUCCGAUUUGGCAUUCUGUGUAAGGCUCGACUGCCCCCUCGUGGUCACAUGGGGUCACUGCAGAAUAGCCAAAGAAUAAGAAUGGCAGAAAUAUCUGCUGUAUUAUUGGAGGACUGUGAAAGAUUAUCGACGCUUUGGCCUUGUCUUCAGAAUACUUGAUAGUUUUACUCAUUUGUUUUGUUUUUUUUCCUUCUUUCACUUGUUGAUUUACGGUACAUUAAAACUGUGUGUAAGACGUGGAUGUAAAUAAGGAAGGGCCUGAGGCUUGAGGUCAUCAGAUUCAUGUUGUGAAUGUUACAACCUCCACGUCUUUUCUUUUGAACGUCAUUUGAAGCGUUUUGUUUUCUGAGAGGGAAAUUUUAAAUGCUGCUUUCAAUUCAGUCUUAUUUUAAAUAAAGGGUUUUUUUUUCUUCUUUA